AUGAAGUGGCAUGUAGAUUCUUUUGUGAAAACCAGUGUAGUACUCACGGCGCCUUUUAAUGAAUUGAAUCAUAAGGAUCAUACAACUAGUAGUUUCUGUCAUACAACUUGUAGUUUCCAUGUGUCGAGUAUAAGUAGUUCUAUUUAUCAGGUGUUGGCCAACAGCGGAGAAGGCGGUUGCUUCUUCUUCUCGGUUGAAAGAUUCGAUUACACAAAGGGUAUAAUGGAAAAGCUUAGAGCGUGGAGGAGGUAUUUCGAGAAACAUCCCGAAAGGAAAGGUCUAGAUGUGCUCUAUCAAAUAGCUGUCACCAAUAGGCGUGCUGUGGAAUCGUACAAAAGAUACCAGGACAGUUGCCUCGAGUUGGCGAAAGAAAUCAACGAGAGUAUUCGAAGUGAAUCACACCCGGACUGGAGACCACUGCGAUUUGACACUGAUGGCCUGCCUCGUGCCCGUCUUAUCGCUCAUUAUCUUGCCAUGGACAUCGGUGUUGUGACCCCAUCCAAAGAUGGUAUGAACCUUGUGGCAAAGGAAAUGAUGGUAUGUAACCCAUCAGCUUCGCUUGUGCUUUCAUCAGGAGCUGGAACUGAGGUACAACUGGGAAAUGCAGGAUUUUACUCGGAAGACAAGAAAUGCUAUCAUCGUGUGGAUGACAUUGCAGACAUCGAGAACUUCGCUGAAGUGUUCUAUCGCGCAGCUACAGAAGAGAAUGCUGUCCGUCAAGAGCAUGGUGGUCGCCUCAAUCAAUUCUUGAAAAGUCAUGACAUUGACGAGUGGAGUUCAGCAUUUCUUGAUCCAAGCUGGACUCAUGAAGUUAUUCGACCAACUGAAAUUCGCCAAAUUGCUGACUUCUACAUGUUGAUGGCGCAGACUGCGCAAAUCCGCCGUCAAAUCGUUGAGGUGGUCCUGAAAGGAAUGCCCAUUCGACCACAUUUUGCUCUAUCACUUGAGAACGCCAAGAAUUCGCUCGAGAACUGUUGUAUGGCGGAUUCGAACCUCCUGGUGUUGGAGACAACAUCACAUACUGAAGACGAUGAUAGUGUUACCAACGCUCAUGCUACGUUCGAUAUCACCGAUGAACUCACGGAGCUCCAGAAAGAUCUGGCAUUCCUUUCGUUCAUUCAGUCUGAUGAAACUAAUAACGUUGAACAGUUCGUUGACACUCUUGGCUCAUUCCAUCCGUCAGGACCAACCGCAUUUGCUGCUGAAGUGGAGAAAGCUGCCGCAUUGCUGACCCAAGGAGAUCAUUUCCACUACGUUUUCACGGACAGAGAUGGCACCUUGAAGAGUUACUCAUGCUCGUAUCCGACUAGUGUGCAGCCAGCGUACUCUGCGGUUAUUCAGGCUCAAUUUGCUCGUCGUUGUGCUCAGUUUUGUGCGAUCGUAACUACAGCUCCACUCGUCCAUAUUGGAAUUCUCAAUAUGAGCACAAUCCCUGAAGCCAUGCAGUUCAAGGAUGACAGCGUCAGUGAUGCUGACCUGAUGCUGCUCAACAAGGCCUUUGAUAUGAUCGAAGAUUUACUGGAGAGACCAGAAUACCGAAAUUUCACGUGGAUUGGUAGUGGACUACAGAAACAUUAUGGGCACAUUACAAUAGCUAAGCAGGAUGUGAACAACUCUAUUCCACCCAGGAAGAGUUUGCAACUGUGA